AUGCAUUAUAGAGGAAGUCAUUUGUACUGGUGCGAUGCCUUUCUGGACAAAAUCGAGCGCAGUGACCUUCGAGGUAACAACAGGGAGCUUGUGUUGAACACAACUAACCUCCUCCAAAUCCAUCCUUUCGAUUUGGCCGUGUACCAAGACAACGUGUAUUGGACAGACUGGCGUUACACAGCCGUCAUUCGUGUCCACGUGAACGGCAGGGGCUUAGAUAUAUUCAGUCCAGCGUUGUUGCAGUUGGCUGGGGGAAUUCAUAUCCAAGAAGAGCCUGAUUUUUGUGAUAGUUCCCCUUGCAACCACGGAGAGACCUGCAUGGACGUCGUCAACGGAUUCACUUGUCUGUGCCCUUCUGGGUCCCCUGCAUGUUCAAGUUCUGGCGGUACUACAAUUUGCGUCUUUAUUCUAAAGAAAAUGCCGAUGUUUCAGAAUAAAUAG